GAUUGUUAGAAACAAUAUUUUCGAAAAUGUGACCCACAUAGAAACAAGAGUAGGUCAACCUAGUGCAUGCUAGGGAUUGGAUGUCUAAACUCUGGAAUGGGUCCCUCAUCCUACCAUAACCGCUUAUUAUGCAUCCAUGAUCACAACCUGUAGGCUAUUCAAUAAGUCUGGAAAAUGCAUGCAAGUAAACAGUCUGUGCAUAUCACUACUCCAAAACCUGUAUGUAUUGUUCAGCAUUUAUGGUGCCUUCACAGAAGACCCAGUCACCCAUGCCAUGUGCACUAAUGCACCCCCAAACCAUCAGGGAUGCUGACUUGUGCACUGUCCACUGAUAAACAAUUGUCACCCUAUUUGUCUGUGCAGUCUUUCACAGAGUGGUGAACCCCUCCCCAUCAACACUUUGAAAAGUAAGCAGCACCCACAGAAGUGUGUAAAAUGUAAACGCACAAGAUGUAUGAUAUUGUGUAGAUCAAUAUGCCUUCUCUGCAAUUGUAACCUUAAUUUUGAUGUCAAAUCAGCAAGUCUUUGAUUGGCUCACAAGAGGCACAACAGGAGAUCAAGAUAAAGUGGAGAAAAUAUAUCUGAUCUUUACAACAACGGAUGAGGAGUUCUUACCUCAAAGUGGUCCUCAGCGAAGAUGAGACCAGCAGGACAGCAGAUCUCUGGGAGGUUAAAUAUGUAUUUUGUUGUUGAGUUCCCAGAGGAAAACAACUUCACAGCUGUUGUCCCCCAGACCUGGUGCACAGGCAAAACCUGCUACUGGCCUCCCUACCCAAACACAGAUAGAAUUAGAAAGGCAUCAAUAAAUCAGGAGACACCUGACCUGUGUACCUGGACUAACCAUCCCAUCAUCAUAAAGAAAAGAAAAGAUAACUAUACAAAAGCCCAUGCCUUUUACAUUCGGGCAAAAAAAGGUGAAAGCCUGGACACUGAGCCGGAGGAUGGGGAUAAGAAGCCACAGAGAAAGAAGAAUUUGAAAUAUCACUUGGAUUGCGAUGAUGAGGAAGAAGAGGUUGGGCGGUUUCCCUGUGCACCGAAACCAACAAGAUUUGAUGGCCCCCCAAAAAAGAAAUCAAAACAACUUCCUUCUGCCCAACCCCUGGGCUUGAACUUUAAAAAAGCCACUGACCAAUCUGAAGAUUCAGUCCAGUUCCAUGCCCCUCCAACCCCCAUGACCACUUCAGGUCACCAAUCUGGAGGAGGAUAUAGGUUCUCCACAGACCCGACAUCUCAGGAUUCAGUCCAGUUCCAUGCCCCUCCAACCCCCAUGACCACUUCAGGUCACCAAUCUGGAGGCUAUGGAUGCUCAUCAUUGGGGCCUGCUUUUCAGCAUCCUGAAAACUUCUACAGAUUAAUACUGCAGCAUCUGAGGGAGUUGGCCGAAGAACUGAGGGAUGUGAAACAGCAGGUUUCUUUAAACACAGCCAUAUUACAGAGCCUGACAGCUGGAACCAACGUGGACAUGUCCAUCCCAUCAGACGUCAUCCUUCCUCUGGAGGAUAGAAGCAUGCUGGAGGACAUUGAGAGAGAGCUUGGACAAAAUCUGGAAUUAACAGAGAAAUUGGUUGCUUACUUAGCCUCAAGAGGAGGCAGGAACCUAAAGGACUCCGUAAAAAGAAUAUUUCAGAGCCUUUUCACUAACAACCUCACCAUCGGGAUGAACUGGACAGGGUCGGGACAGAAGGUGUCCUUCAACAACCUCCACCUGAAGAGAGUCAUCCACAGAGCGGUAAGGAAGAACCCUGCAACAAGGGAGACAACCGAAGAGGCUCUCCAGAAAGAAGUGAGCCGAUUCCUAAAGGGGGCAUCAGACCGAGAGGGGGGAAGAAGACAGCGCCAGAGGCAGGGGGAGCCCAGAGCAGAGAAUUGA